AAUUGUUAUUGCUUUCACCUUCUAUUUAAAUAAUACAAAUAUUCUGGUUAAAUAUUUAAGCUAAUAUAACCUUCAAAUUAUUUGAAAAGAACUUGCAUACAAUUACAUUUGGCAUUUAAAUUAAAAAAAAAUUAACUAAUCAUGUUUAACAUGAAUAAGGUAACACACAUCAACUUCCCAAGAUUUUUAAAUAGUAUUAGCCUAUAUUCCACUGAAAAUGCAGGAAGAAUUGUCAUACCUAAUAGAAUACAUCGUGGGCCUACUGAUAUCUUAAAAGCACUUUCCAGUACUGUGAAACGAGAUCCGACAGCAGCACAUUUUAAAUAUCAUGAUGAUCCAUUCCUAAUCCCAUCAUCUAAUACAGGAAAAAGAAUAUUUGCUAUGGCUCAAGAAGCUGGAAGAAAAGCUGCAAUGUUUAUUCGACAAGAGCAAGCUAAAUUAUUCCAGCACAAUAUUGCAGAUCCUCCUAUAGAAGCUUAUAAACCUCGACCAGUAUAUGAUGAAAAGUCUGAGGUGAAUGAAGAAAUUUUGCUAAAUCUAAUUCACAAUGCUAGACUUUCUGAUGCAGUAAUUGUAUACAACAUAUUAAAAGAAAAAUCAAAGCUAUCUGAGAAAUGUAUUCAAUCUAUGCUUGAACUUUUAUGUUACUAUAAUGAGGAAGAACCCGUUUCAGAAGAACUUAUUGAAGAAAGAUGGUUCCAGCAAAGUGCCCAAACUCGUGAUAGACAAAGAAAUACUUGGAAAGAUCAUAGUUUAGCUGAUCAAAUAUUUAAUUCACUUGAAACUAAAACUCCUGCUGCUUAUUGUGCUAUUAUCCGAGGAAUGGCAAAAUUCUUUCAAGUGGACCGUGCUUGGGCAAUGUAUCAAGAAACACUAGAGAAAAGGAUACCAAUUGAUACAGACACCUAUAAUAGUCUAAUUCGUGUUGCAAACUUUCUCAAAGAGAGUGCCGAUUUAAGAUGGAAUCUUAUUAGUGAAUUAUUGACUAAUAUGAAGAAUCAGGGCUUGAGACCAAAUGUUUUAACAGUAAACUCUGUUUUGGAGGCCAUAUGUUUACUAGGAGUCCCUAGGCUAUCACAAGAUUAUUGUUUGAAAGCUUUGGCUGAGUUCAAAUCUUUAAAUUUAGAACCUUCACUUGCUGGAUGGUACCAUGUAUUGAAUACAUUCUGCAAGGAAAGAGGACCUAUUAGUUCUAUACUUGUUGAUAUUAUGAAUCACAUAUCUGGAAAAGAAUUUGCUAUAGUAGAUCCUAAAGACACAUUUUUCUUUGUGACUGCAAUGGACAUAUGCCACAACCAUUUGAAUGAUGUAGAGUUAGCUAGACGGGUAGAUGAUCUUCUGCAUACUGGAGAAAACUACAAUUUAAUUGGUGAUUCAUAUAAAGAAUCAAUUUAUUAUCGACAUUACUUCAUGUUAAUUUGCUCUACAGAGCCUUUAGAAGUUUUUAUGGAAUUUUAUGAUAAAUUAGUACCAAAUAUUUAUACCCCAGAACCAUCUGUAAUGUUUGAGAUUCUCAAAGCAAUUGAUUUAAAUGGUUCUGUGGAACUUUUGCCUAGAAUUUGGUCACAUAUGGUUAUGUUUGACCAUAUAAAUCGAGCAAAUAUUGUAACUUUGCUUUUGAACAUUAUGGUAAAAUAUCCCGUUGAAAGUUUAACUGAUGAUAACACCCUUUCUGAGAAAUUUUCUGAAAUUGCCUGGGCGGUCUGGGAGAAAGUUGAGGGUCAAGAUGAAUCUCGCACAAAACAGAUAACCUGGACUGGAGAUUUGUUAGGAAAUAUUUUACUACUUGUUUUGAGAAACAAGGAAUUUGAUAAAGCCACAACAGUUUUAGAAAAGCUAAAUUCAGGUGUAGGCACUGGAAUUCCAUCUAUAGAACCGCUUCAAAUUUAUUUGGAUCUGUGUAUAACUAAUAAAACACCCAGCCGAGCAAUUACGUGUAUUCAAUAUUGUGCGGAUAAUGCAUUUAGUGAAACCGUUUCUAUGGCUAAAUAUCUAAAAGAACAAAUGACUUUAGAUGAGAAUCAACUGGAACGACUGGAAAAUAUAGUAGGAUAUGAAGCAUUAAAAUAG